GUAAUUUUACAAAUGUAAAUGGAAUAAUAAAUGUUCGUCAUGGUAAAAUCGAGUAACUUCUUCGAUUCUAAUCGUUCGUUCUUUCGUUCAUUCCCUACGAUUCGUCUAAUAUUUUUCUAAUCGUCGUCAACGCAACGUAACGUAAUAUCUCGUGAUUAAGUAGAAAUAAGAAUAAACCGAAUAAUCUCACUAUUGGUUCUCCUAGAAACCAAAUCGAUAUUCGUACGAGGCACAGGGGCUCACUUCGUAACAGAUCUGCCAACUUUCAUUGAAGUCGUCAGUCUUGCUUGACACGCGCCGUGAUUUGUGAAUAAUUUCAACGACUUCAAAAUCUUUUUUUUUUCAUCCAUUUUUUAUAUUUCCUUUUUUUCCCUUUCUUUUUAUCUCCUUUCAAAAUUUUCCGACAAAGAGAUCGAAAUUUUGUCCGAUAAUAAUCCUCCUUCGAGAGAAAAAGAGUAAAAAAGUAAAAGUAAAAGUAAAUAAAUUUAAAAAUAAAAAUGAAUAAAACAGUUAGCACGAGGAACAAUUUGUUCCUUAGAAAAAGUGGUGAAACUAUUUUUAGUUACACAGAUGAAGAAUAUCUAAGAAAAUCUCGUUAUGAACAGGAGAUCAAGCAACGUGUUAGGAAAUAUCGUUCAAGACAUAUGAAGCUGUUUCCUGAACUCUAUAGAAGCGACGUAUCGAUUCAUCCCAGUUACACAAAGCUCAAAAAUCUACCUUAUCACGUCAUUUGCCGUCAGCGUUUGCAAAGGAUCAAGAAACAAAUAUCACGUCAACUAAAUCGUGAGAUCAUGCAUUUUGCGAUGAUACAAAUGUUUGCCCUAGAUAGCAUAAGGAUCGAUCGAAUUUUUAGCGUUGGAAUGUCACCGAGGAUCACGAUCGUGCCAGAUUUUGCAACUGAAAAGGAACGAAGACGUAUUGACGAGAUAUUACGUUAUUAAUAAAUAAAUAAUUAAUAG